CCACCGAAACAGGACAAUCGGACGUACGUGAACCACUCGUCUUCGCUGCUCGAUUAUCCCGGCUACGAAAUGCUGCCGAGGGCACUGCUCCUGCUUGGCUUCGCAUUCGUCCUGACGCUCGGCUAUCAGGAUGCUUACAAUCACCGAUCGACGACAAACGAAAGCCAUACGGCCGUAUUUUGUUACAUAAAUGGCACUAGGCUCAUGGCCCAGUCCCGCCGUAACAAUUACCAAACUGCCCAUUUUGGUCUCGAGCACAUCAAGAUUGAACUCUGCACUCAUUUGGUCUAUGGGGCAGCCGUUCUGGACACGGAUACGUGGGGCAUAAGGGCCAUCGAUCCCGACCUCGAGCACCGACAAAGUGGUAAUAAGAUAACGUUCGAAGACAUAACGGAAUUAAAAAAUCGAAAGAGAGAUUUACAAGUGCUUAUAUCAGUAAGUGGUAAUGCUAUACAUUUUUCCAACAUGGCAAGAUCUCAUCGCGGGGAUUUCGUACAACACGCUAGAAACUUCUUGAACAAAUACAAAUUCGAUGGAUUAAAUAUUGAUUGGCGAUAUCCAACUCGAAGCUCUGGUGAUCCCGAGGAUAAGCAAAACUAUAGCCUAUUAAUAAAGGAGCUGAAAAACACGUUUAGAAAUGACGCUAAGCUCCUCACCGUUACCGUUUCUCCAAUGAAACAAACCAUCAUCAGAGGUUACGAGGACGUAGACAGUGACGUAAUAGACUCCGUCGAUUACUGGUUCAUCAUGGCAUUGGAAUAUUAUGGACAUUGGUCAUUUCAAAUCGGAGCCAAUGCCCCAAUUCGAAGUCGCGAGCUGCACAAUGUGCACAAAACUAUCGAUGACUACAAGCAAAUAUUCCAACGUCACUCCUACAAACUCAUCCUCGUUAUUCCAUUCUAUGGAAAGAAAUAUCAGCUCGCCCAGCCCCUUCAGAAUAAUUACGAAAGCCCGAUAAGCAAAGAUUUGGUCAAUAGCCAUGCACCUGCCGAGAACGUUAUCUUCACCUAUCGCGAAAUUUGCCAAAAGAUGAGCAACGAACAUUGGCGACGUGGAUGGGACUCGGAAACACAGACCCCGUACAUUGUCAAGGAUAUAGGAGCAAUUGUGUACGACGAUGCGCAGUCUGUCCAGGCCAAGACGAGCUUGGCGCUCAGCUCCGGCCUCGGCGGCGUUAUGGCCUUCAGCAUCGACAUGGACGACUUUAUCGGGGACUGCUACGUCGAGGGCCGUCGCUACUCCACCGACAAUUACAAUUACAACUACAACACGAGGGAACGAAGCGCGCGAAAGUACCCGCUGCUGCAGUCGAUAUACGAGACCGUCGAACGGGGCCCCAACUCCGCGGCCUUCCACUCUAGUCCCCUCGCCCUCGUGCUCGUCAUACUAGGCCUGUGGCUGCUCAGGACCUAGGCUAUAAGCCCGAGCCAGUGAGGCCCUAACGGCGCUCCCGGGAUCGCGGGACGUCAAGCCUCCGGUUACACUUCUUAUUCCGUAAGAAGAACUCGCGAAAAUAAUAUAUUUGUUACGAUUAAGGCGCCCCCGCAGUGCUCUCAUUUACCACUUUCUUCUUCUCGCCUUUAAUCUUCCUUCCUUUCUUUCCUUUCAUUUCUUCUUCUUUU